AUGACCGACUUCAAGUUCGACCGCCCCAUCAGCAGGCCGCUCUCCGAAAUAUCGGAGAACGACGAACUGCGGAGAAGGAGUGCUCGCGUUUCGAGCUACUCCUCCAGCAUCAGCUUGAAGGGCGGGGUCAGUGGCAAUGACCGCAUCUCACGUCCAGCCAGCGAAGUUCUGGAGGAGGCCAAGCGCGUCUCGCUAUCGCUGCCGGUGCACACCAUUACUCUCAACCUCGCAGACUACACUGGCACGACGACGUCGACCAGUGCGACGGCGCCCAAGGCUGCACCUGCGCCCGCCACCGCAACAACGGCCCAGCCCACAACCUACACCUCCCCCCUCUCGUCCACCGCUGCCGCAUCGCUCGCCUCCUCCAGACGCAAGUCUAUGCCAUUGCCACCCAAGCUGCAGCCAGCCCAAAUCGUCCCUAGCCUCGUCGAGCGGGCGCCGACGCCGAGCCCUGAAGGUGACCACAACGCGAUGCAGGAUGUGCAGGAAGAAGAAGUCGUCAUUGACCUCUCUGAGGAACAAGACGGUGUCUCGCCCCUCUUCAUGGCAACUCGCGCUGCUCUCCGGCCGGUCGGCAUACCCGCUUCUGAUGUCGCAUCGCUCGACUCUGCCAGCGCCUCGAUCAACACUGCUUCGCCUCCAUCAACAGCAAACCCAUCCCUCGACCUUCCCCGCUCCUCCACAGACACCUCGUCCUCCAAACCCGCUGUCAAGAGCAAGCCAGGGUGGUUGCGACGCGCAUCCAUGACACCAUCAUUGCGAUCCAAGGCGAGGUCACCUGCACCUUCCUUGGUCGAUCUUCCACCAGAACCAUCAUCUCCACACUUCUCCACCGCCACACCGCCUGCCCUUCCUCCUCGUCAGUUCCCUGCUGGGCCGAUGGACUUUGGACCCCCCACAGCCAUGACAGGCUCGUCUCAGCAGCAGCAGCAGCAACAGCAGCAACCGCCUCCAUUGCCUCCGCGCGACAUCUAUCACCCAACGCAUCACUCGCAGAGUUUGCGCGAUGUUGGCAGAAGAUGGCGUACCGGUGGUGGUGUGUCGCGAUCUGCGUCCAACAGCAGCAUCGCCAGCGUUGCGUCCACCGCGACCACGUCCCACAGCCACCAACGGUUUCCUUCGACGGCGACGCGUGUCUUGGGCCAUGCAGGCAAGGCGGUGUCCAGCACGUGGAACCGUGCCCGUGGCGUCGGCACCAGUAUGAGCAUUUCGGGAAUGACCACGCUCGGCCCAGUGCGGGGUAUGGAGCCGGAACCAGUUAGCCCAGGCCUCCUUACUCGCAAGCUCUCCCACGAGACGUCGAUCAUCCCGCAAGAAGGCCUGGUGUUCGGUGACGAGGUCGUUAAGCGUAAGCCCAAGGCUGGCCUGCGCGGACGCGUGUUUGGUCGCGAUUUGGGACAAGCUGGCCGCGCAUGGGGCGUGUUCGACGCGGACCAGGAACGCAAAGGCGAGGACGAGUACCACCGCCGCCGACGCCAAUGUUUGCCAGCUGUGGUCAUCCGUUGUGUCGACUAUCUUGAGACAAUUGGGCGUUUGGAGGAGGGCAUCUUCCGGAUCAGCGGGCGUAGCAGUCACCUCGGGCGGCUCCGGAAAGAAUUCGACGCUGGUGCCGACCUUGAUCUGACUCUGGUCGACCCGAGUGACCUCGACCCACACGCCAUUGCGGGUACGUUCAAGAGCUAUCUGCGCGAGCUUCCCGACAACAUGAUUCCGCCUCACAUCGAACACCGGAUCGAGGCGUACCUUCGCACGAAGAACCAAGAUCUUGAUGAGCUUGCCGAAAUUCUGGGACAACUUCCGAGCGCCAAUUGGUUCCUGUUGGCCGACGUGAUGAUGCUGAUCGACUUGAUCCCCAGGUCGAUCGACAUCAACCGUAUGAGCCAUCAGGCGCUGAUGUUGUCGCUCGGGCCCACCUUGAGGGUCUCGGGGGAGCACGCCCAGUACUUCGUGCGCCAUCGCGAGCGUCUCUUUGCCAAUCCACCUGCGGUGUCACCUCGCGAGAUGGUCGACUUUGGCGAUGAGGAAAUUCCACCCCUGUCGCCAAUGUACAGUGAGCUGUCGUUCCAGGGCAACGCGCCCGUUCCGCCACCCCUGCCCAAGCGCUCAGCACCAAAGGUGUCCAAGCGUCCUAGCUUUGGCAACCUCCUUGCCAGUGCUAGGUCCUCAGCGAUGCGCAAGAGCCAAAGCGACCACGCGCUUUUGCUCAGCCACCACCACACUGGCCCUGUGGCGGCCCCUGCCCCACGGCUAGCACUUCCGGAGCCCCUCCAGAAUGUGCACAACUUUGAGAACAUCCAGGCAAGCCACCAUGUGUUCGUUGAGACGGAUCCCGACGAGACUGAGGAGCUGCAUUCGAGUAUGGGUGGCCACGAACCGCCUGCCAAGGCGAGUGACCACGUUGAUGAUCACCACUAUGCACCCGGAACCGUAGCCGCCCGUGCUCGCGUCUACUCUGUCGCUACUGGUUCAUCUGGCGCCUCUGGUGCGACUCCGAUUGCCGACCGCUUUCGGCGUUCAAGCGCAACAGUUGACAACCUCGGCGGCAGUUCCCUCUCGCUUUCGUCGCUUUCCUCGAUCUCCUCGAGCCUAGGCCACAACUCAGGCCAUAGCACAAGCGGAUUUGAACUCCAGGCACCGCCCAAUUCGAUGGUUACUAUCCGCCGCUCGCCGCCAGUGCUGUUCUCCUCUACCGUCACUGCCAUGGCGAGUGAGGCUAAGGCCAACGCUGUGACCGUCGCGACCGACGGCCAGACCCAGCCCGCGAGCAAGGGGAUCAAGCGCAAGGACGAUGAAGGAGCCGAGCGCACUCGUGAGGGAGAUCGCGACUCGGCCAAGCGCCUUAGCGCUGGCCCAGGUGUGCUCGGAGUGACAGGCGACAAACCCAUGCUCUAA